CAUGAUCAAAAGACGUUUGGGACCUGUGUGGGUGUGAACACGAGAAGCGAGAAGUUCCUGUUUCUUCCUCAGGUCAAAACUGUUUAAUGUUGCAAAGAGCUCUCCUAAGAUACAGACAUAACAAAGGACCCACAUGCAAACACUAUGGAUAAACCUAAACCACAAGCAGCACAAGACUUAACACCAGUGAUGGAAACCACUAUGCAGAAACUAAAUGAGAAGUUCCAAGCUAUGUCUGAUAAAAUUUUGUCAAGAAUGGAAGAAAUGGGAUCGCGCAUCGAUGACUUGGAAGACAAUGUGGCUGACCUAAUGAGACAAUCAGGAAUGGAUGAAUGUCAAACAGCAGAGGAGACGCCUCCCAAGAGACAGUGAUGGAAUACUCACCAGCAGACAACCCGGAAAAGAACUCUACCUCUCAUGCAAUACCAAACAUAAGUGCAUUAUCAGAAAAGACAUCCAUAUUAUUUUUCGUUCAUUUUUUACAUUUUAUUUUGUAUCGAAUGAAAUAAAUACUGGCAGAAAGAACCAAA